CAAGAAGAAAGCCUGCCAACGCUUUCUUCCUGCUUCGUUCGACCUUGCAGCGUGCGCAUAAGCAACAGGACCACCCCCCCCCGGCCCCAGGCUCCUCCGACGAAACGAAGACCCCCCGGGAAACCCCCAGAGGAUCUUCCUUUCUCUGCCCGUCCACCCCGUGCCGCGAUUCGGAUUUGCAGCAGGUGCAGAGAAGCAGCUCCCGCCAACAGCUCCCGAGCUUACAGCACCACACAGCGACCGCCCAGCAGCCCCCGCUUGUGCACCGCCGCCCGUCGUUCCAGCACCGGCAGCUACCACAAAGCCAGCGUCUGAGCACCCUAGCCCGGCCUGCCUUUUUGCUGCACCCACCCCCUCCCUCCCUUGGAAUUCUGCUUCCAGGCCGCUCGUUCUCUUAACCACAGACUCGCCUCGAUUCUGCCCUUCUCCAAGCGUGGUUGAGUAACGCAUUGAUGUCUGCGCCUUCGGAUUACCGUCCCUAGCACCUCCUCUUGACCCGCCCUCCUCGGUCCCAGAGGGAACUCCUGCCGCACAUCCCAGCCCGCCGCCAAUCCACACCCCGGUCUCCAGCAAUUCCUUGCCUGGUUGUACCGGAAACGGCAGUGCAGCAGCAGACGACGACUCAUCAUUCAUCUACAUCUACCUCCCGCCCUCAGCUUGGCUCUUGCUCCUCCACCGCUCGGUCUCUAUCACCUCUCUGCUCUCGUACUGUGGUCGCAGGCCGGCACGGCACGUUCACUUAAUAGUUAAACCACCACUCCCGAGCCGCCGCAUUUGCUUGCUGGUAGCUCUACUCCCGGCGAGCCAUCACUCACGAGACAAGACCACCACCACCAUUAUCCGCCCAUCCCUACCGCUUCUAGGGACAGGCCGAUUUUUUUUUUUCUUCACGAGGACCAGGACAUCCCACGCUCACGUAGGCCAGCCAUUCCUGACGUGACGCACGAAACGAGGUUACGGGAACGAACCACGACCACCCACAUCAUCAACCAUGGAGGACUCAUCACCCCUCGCGGCCAUUCGCCGCCCCGCCGGCCCCCUGUUCGGUCACCGCACCGACGCUUUCCGUACCGACAUCGGUUUCUACUCGCCCGAGAGCAAGCCGAGGGCAUUCAACCUGCGUGAGCAGUUGGCAUCCAAGAGGACAUUCUUCAACGAUGACUUCCUCAGGGGGUCGCCCAGCAUCAGCCUUGCUGCGGACCUGUGCCAGAACUUCCGCAUAGAUCAGGACAGGAGUCCAAAGUUUCCCACACCACGCAGGGCACUGUUCACCUCCAACAUGAUGUGCGAGAUGGGAUCGCGUGACUACAUUCCCUCGACGCCCAUCAUGGCUCCCUCGCCGACUCCCUGCGGCAUGGUGGAGAUGAUGGACAUCUCUCCUCUUCCCCAUAAGAUUCCCGCCGGUGCGCUUGUCGUUCCGGGUCCGUUAAUCUGCGAGGUCGAGGUUGAGUCCCCGGUCCUGAUGGAGAGUGCUGAGAUCGAGCCCAAGGAGCCGUCACCACAGCCCGAGUCCGCCGAGCCUGCAGAGCCGGUGGCUCCUGCUCUGGCACCAGCUCCCGCGACGGCAGAGCUUCCCAGGCCGCUCGUUGCCGAGCGCAAGAAGCUCGCCGUCCGGCGUCCGUCCCUCACCAAGAUGAAGGGUUUCUCGACCAGCAAUCUGAUGAGGAGUGGACAGCCCGACAACCAGCUCCCUCCCUUCAAGUUUGGCGGUGCCGAUGCCAAGGUUGGCUCAUCUGGCCUGAGCCUUAGCGAGUGCUUCCAGGUUUCGCCUCCCCAGGAUCGCCGACCCGCGACCGCCAACAGCCCUAUCGCCCACGUGUCGGGCCCCCUGCGCGCGCGCCCGCAGUUCUCUGGCCUGGCCAGCUCAUCCAACAUCACCCGCAACGGAUCUCCCAUCUCAAGCCACUCAAGGCGGCCCUCGAACCCCUUCAUGCGGCCACGUAAGCAGUACCGUCGCUCGUUGAGCAUGUUCGAGAAUUCUGGCGACGUCAUGAAGACGCGCAAGGAGGAGGCCCCGGCACCAACCCUCGCGUCCGUCAUGGACAUUGAGGAGCCCGCCGAGCUCGUCCUGCCGCACUUCUUCCCCGAGGGACAGACCGACAGCAUCCCCCGCAUCCAGCGGUCGACGCUGCUCGACGUCCUCGACGGUCGCUUCAAUGAGCAGUAUGACAGCAAGCUCAUCAUCGACUGCAGGUUUGAGUACGAGUACGACGGUGGCCACAUCGACGGUGCCAUCAACUACAACGACAAGGACCUGCUCGUGUCUCACCUGCUCAAGACGCCCAUGGAGGGCCGCACCCUGAUCGUAUUCCACUGCGAGUACUCGGCCCACCGCGCGCCCCUGAUGGCCCGCCACGUGCGCGCUGAGGACCGCACCGCCAACGCCGAGUUCUACCCUCGUCUGACCUACCCCGAGAUCUACAUCCUCGACGGCGGCUACAGCGGCUUCUUUGAGGAGCACCGCAACAGGUGCUACCCCCAGGCCUACGUUGAGAUGGGUGCGGCAGAGCACGCCUUCACGUGCGAGCGCGAGAUGGGUCGUCUGCGUCAGAACCGCAAGGGCGGCCUCUCGCGUGCCCAGACUUUUGCCUUUGGCUCCGGCGGCGUCCAGGACUCGCCCACGGCGCCCCAGCGCUCAGUCUCGGCCACGGCCACGUGCAAGGACUCGUCUCCCAUGUCCAUGAUGCUUGGUGCCUCCCCCAUCCUGGGCAGCGACAGGUUUCAUGCUAGGCGUAUGGCCUCGUACUGAGUCCAGCCGGGUCACCGACGCGAGAGCGUCUGUCCGCAGCUCUGUGGAUUGCUUUGCCUUCUACCCAGACCCGCCUGAACGCCUGUCGGGACUAAUAUGCCCUCAUCUCCUGAUUUUUAGCUGCCUUUGCGUGUCAUUGGUCGCUUUCCGCCGUCAUCCCUCCCUGAGCUGUUUUAUCUCUCCGUCCUUUCAUCGCUCGACAAGACGGCGGCCAUCGACCCCGGAGCCCGACUUGUCGCGGCGAGUCCUUCAUGUUUUGCGCCGUUUUCGUAUUUUUCUGUCAACCUGAGGCAUUGGCAUAGCAUUUGCAUUGGAACCCGCGCUCCCAGCAUGCCCUUGGAUCCGGCAUCUGAGUGGCCUCUCGGCCGCGCUCUUUGGUUCUCUCUCUGUUUUAUCUGCUUUUUCCAGCAAGCAAGUCACGUUAUUGUCGCCAUGUUGUGUUUUGCAACCCAGCACCUGCCGCCUACCGGAGCGACCUCGAUCCUCGACCUCGUCGUCGCUUCGUUGCUAUCCUCCCUCAGCAGACGAGAAGCUGCGUCUUUUCCUCUCGGCAACUAUUGGCAAUACGCCCGUCAUCAUCCCGUCUCUCUCUCACCCAACACUUGGGAUUCUGUCUUCGCUUCUGGAGUUUAUCGCCUGCUCUUGUUGCCAGCAGUCCUGCAGCAACAUCUACUCGCGGCUCUCUCCUUGGUCUUUGGUAACAAUAUCAAGUCGCCUCGGCCACUUGAUCGCACAUCGAGACCUUUGACGACGUAUCGCCAUCUUUGCCGGCAAGUCAGACCUGCAAAUCCGUCUAGCUCACGACACACCUGCGCCCCCGACAGUAGCUAUCCAGUGCGAAGCUACUUGGCACAGAAGAGAAAAUGCGGGCGCCCCUCAACCUACCUGAAGGGUCUGCCUACGGCGUCUGAUGGCGGCCAACCCUCUCCUUUGUCAGCUGUCCCAACGCAACCGCCGAGCCAUGGUGCCCCGGUUGCGCCUUUCCCGUAGGGGAACCCGAGUGCGUUCAGAAAAGGACAUCUCGCCCUACCUGUCUGUUUGUCUUGUUUUUGGCCCCUAUGCGGUCCUGUUGCGCUACGGCGCCUUUUUUUCUUGUACAAAUAUGUUCCCCUGUUUUUGCGGAAGCGAGCAUGUGCGGGAAAGAAAAUGGUAGCUCGGAAGGGGGUGCUACUAAGGAAUUGGGUGGAAGGAUUGUUUCCUCCCGCCUUGUAUCUGCAGGAAAGCAGAUUGGGCUGUGUGUAUGGGACUUGGUUGUUGUUUGCGCAUCUUUUCUCCCCCUCAUCCAUCAUCACCAUCAUCAUCGAGUCUGUUGUCAGCCCCGAAUCAACCUUUAUACCCAGAAGCACCAACAACACCUGCCUCGUCUUGUGGUUUCGAACCCCGUGGACACGGUUCAGAAAUCAAAAAGACAGACCCAAGAAAAAGAACAAAAACGACAUGACAAAAAAAUAAUAAAAAAGGACACUUAUUUCAAAAGUGCUUGAAUUGGA